GCCGUGCUUCACAUGGCGGAGAGAGAGGAGGCCAAAGCCAAGCCGUUCCUCUCCACGUAAAUCUCGUCCAAGCGCGCACGUCCGUCCGCCCCGCCCAUAAAAGAGUGACCCGUGUGGUACAACAACCAGCAGAAGCGUCAUCGGCCCGGCCCAGCUGCUGCAUCCCGAGAUCCCUGAGCUCAGCAAACGCGCCAUCUCAACUGAACUGAGGAAGUCAGAGGAUGCUUGUGAGGAGCGCGUCCACGCCGGUGCUCGGCGCGCUGCACGCGUGCCGCGCCGCGGGCGGGCACUCCUCUCCCGCCGUCCACCUCGCGGACUCGUCCCCGACGGUCGCGUACCACCCGCCGGCCAUCUCCUGCAGCCUGUCCUCCGGCGGCGGCGGCGGGUCGGACCACGAGCGCUUCCGCGGGGACGGUGUCAUCGGCGGCAUGCGCCGCACCUGCUCGGACGGGAACCUCUCCGCGCUUGGCGGCGACGACCACCAUCACCACCUCCCGCGGCCCCGGCCGCCGGCGCCGGCGCUGGAGACGAUCCAGUCCUUCGCGGCCCGCGACGGGUCGAUGGACGAGGAAGAAGACGACGACGAUGUGGAAGACGAUGCGACGCAGGAGAUGGUGAGCUUUGGGGGCGGCGGCUCGCUCUCGCAGGAGCACCCGCUGUUCCUGGCCCGCGGGCUCGGGAUCGACCGGCUCGGAUCGGGCCUGCUGGGCACCGACGGCUUCGGCGGCGGCGGCGGCAUGGACGGCGGGGGUGGCGGCUACGCCGUGGCGUCGGGCGACCGAGGGGACCGCUCCGGCAUCGAGAUCCAUUACAAGAAGCUGAUCGAGGAGGACCCCUGCAACGGCCUCUUCCUCAGGAACUACGCGCAGUUCCUCUACCAGGUGAAGGGGGAUCGGCGGAGGGCAGAGGAGUACUACUCGCGCGCCAUACUGGCCGACCCAAACGACGGCGAGCUCCUGUCGGAGUACGCCAAGCUGGUGUGGGACGUGCACGGCGACGAGGAGCGCGCCUCCAGCUACUUCGACCGGGCGGCCAUGGCCUCCCCGCACAACAGCCAUGUCCUCGCCGCGCAGGCCGCGUUCCUGUGGGACACGGAGGAAGGCGAAGAGAGCGGCGGAGCCAUGAGCUACACGGGGAUCGCCGCCGCUCACUCGUCCAUGGCUUCGGCGACGACCUGAAACUGAAACUCUCUGAAGCUGCUGACGCGAUUGCUCGCUUCCUUGUUUCAGUACUAGCUUCCCAACAAUAAUUGUAGCAACUCAUCAUGGCCUGGUCUCCAGCCUGUGUGUACUGUUCUGCUAUAAUGUGCAAGUAGAUUCCAACAUCUCCAGUAUUGCAUUCCUUCGGAUCCCGGAAUCCAGUUUGUUCA